AUGGCAGAUAAUGUACUGUCACAAAGUUCUCCUUCCUUUGACAGAUGUAUCAGUCACCCUCAAGAACUCUCGGAGGAUCUAGCCACACCAUCCUCCAAGAGAUCUAGAGGUAGACCUAAGGGCUCCAAGAACAAACCUAAACCACCUUCUGUGAUCAUGGUAGAGCCUGAAAUCUUCAUGGAACCGAUUUUCAUUGAAAUCCCUGCUGGCAAAGAUGUCGUCGAGUCGAUAAUAAAGACGGCUUGGCGUCAUCAAGCUGAUAUAUCAGUGCUGAAAGGCUCUGGUCUUGUCUCUGAAGUUAGUCUUCUCAACUCCGCGUCGCAAAACUCGCAUUUCACUAUCAGAGGACACUUGCAAAUGACAUCUCUCUCUGGAACUUAUUUUAAUCCUGAGUCGGAUCGCGAUCCUUCGGAGUUUGUCGUCGAUCCUGCUUACUCUUCGUUUUCCAUUUUCCUGUCUGGUAAUCAUGGUCAAGUAUUUGGUGGAAUUGUUAGAGGAAGGGUUAGGGCUUCAGGUGUUGUUCUGGUUUCUGCCACUCUUUUGAGGAAGCCAAAGUUUUGUAGGGUGGCCUCCAACAAUGAAGAUGGCCGCGACGAUAAAAAGGAUGAUCCAAGACAUGGUGGUGCCGUCGUCCAUGAUGGUGUUGUUGCACCACAACAUAACAGUGCAAACGACACUGCCAAUGUGUCCAGAUACGGUGUUGCAGAUGCUAAUUCAACUCAGCUAAACAGCCAAGUUGUCAACCCUCAAGCACCGGCACAACGCCACCUGUAAUAAUAAGAAUUGGAAUCUUGAGGAUUUGCGAGUUGUUGCUUUCAAGGUCUUUUCAUUAAUGUUGUAAUAAAAUGUGCUUAAUUCUGUGGUUUUUAUACAUCUAUUUCAAUAUAGAAUAAAACGCGUUGUUAUACA